CGGGGGAAAGGAUCAUGAUCUCAAACGACAUAGAUCUCCGACCCCGCACCUCGAGCAGCUCGCCGAGAUCCUUCUCCCGGAGCUCCUUCCCUUUGAGCAGCCCCAAUGAACGAUCAUCGUUUCUCCCUCUUCAAUCUUCCAUCUGAUCUCCCCACCUUCUCGCAACCUGCUAUCGAUCCCACCCUCUCUUUCCGGAUCCGGGAACUCAGCGUGUCGAUCUUGGACGAAGACAAAUGGAACGAGUGGUGGGACGCUUACGUAGGACUCGGCUUCUGUUUGGUGGACGUGCUGUUUCAUUGGGCAGAGCCGGCCCCAAAAGCUGAAGGGGGUGAGGUCCGGAAUGACAAGGUAGAACUGUUGAUCGUGCAGGCUUGGCGGAUGGAUAUGGAGGGGGAAUUGCUAGGGAUAUUAUUCGGCAAGGUGGAAAUAGGCCAUCUCGACGCAAUCACGGACGAGUUGCUGGUGUUUUUAGCGCAGUUGGUGGACGAUUUACCCCUCGACAUCCUGUCGAGUUGUGACGAGAAGUCGGGGACAGACGUGCUCGCUCGCAUGCUUGCACCACAUCUGCUGUGGUCCACGUGUACGGAGCUGGACGGGGAUUACUGCCUUUACCCGUCCCCGAGCCUCUAUCUCGAAAUCGAUGUCACUGAUCUCACACUGUGGGACCCCUUUGUCCGGCGAGGAAACGCGCUAGGAGCCAGUGACGAGGAAGAAGAAGAACAAGAGGAGGCAAAAGAGGAAGAAUCGGGAACCGAUCAGGACGAUCCCGAUUACAUCAGGUCAGGGGAAGAAAAAGAGGUGACGGGAGAGGAAAGUGGAUCGGGAGAGCCGAGUUGCCGCCCCAGGCAAAGCAAAGAGGAGGAAGAGGUUGAAGAUUACUGGAGGCGGGAGAAAGCGGAGGGCAAGCGGCCAGUCGGAGAACCUGAAAGGUCGCCACCACAACUGCUUCUAGGCGAUCCAUCGUUAAAUCCGGAGCCUCCGCACGAAGAGUCCGAAGGAAAUGGAGCCAUGGCUGAGGGAUCAGGAAGCCGAAGCCGCCGAAGGAGCGAAUCACUGGCUCCGUCUUCUCCGCCAUCCCGAGCCACUCUUCGCCUUCGUCGAGAUGCGGGCGAUCGGGCUUCGUCCCCUGUCGUUAUCCCGUCGUCCCCUUGACUUCCUCACCCCUCACCAACUCCUGGGUCGACCCCGG